CCCAAACUGGUAAACAACGGCCCGUUAUUUUCGAACGCUUUCCCCCAAAAACACCAUCCCAAAAAAGUUGAAGGAAUCGUCACGAUACCUUGACAAAACAAAGUCUCCUUUGUGCCCCGACUUACUGUCGGGUUAAUAAUGACACGAUGAGCAGCCACAGGGAAGGAACAGUCAACCCUUACAGGCCGUACUACAUCCCCCCGUCGAUCGGUGAGCCGUCCGACGGCCCAGUCUCUGGGCUCGGGCCUAAUCCCUUUCGCGGCGGCGGCAGCAAUGCGACAGUGGCGGGCGCGCCCAAGUACGCGUCCAAGGCGCACGCCUUAUUCUCCGACAUCGACUACAAGGAGUACAUCUCGGAACCUUCACCGUCUGCCGUGCAAACAAUCAAAGAUCUCCUGGACGAGUCGCUAUGGAAGUACCUGUCUGUGUUGAUGGCCCAGCCGUUUGAGGUGUCCAAGACCAUUUUGCAAGUCAAGGUACAGGAUGGCUCGGCGGCGACGCCCGCGCAGACGCCAGUCGAGGACGCGAAGCUCAAGAGAGCGCCCAGCAUCUACGAUCCGCUUCCAGAUUCCGACUCCGAAGGUGAUGAGCCCUCGUACUUUACGUCUAAUGUGCCCAGCACACCAACCCCACGCCCUUACCGCCAGCGGGCAACGCCGCCCCUCGAUUCACCGCAAAAAGGACCCUCGAGGACACCAUCUUCACUCUCUGCGACGGUGGGGACCACACAGCUCAUGAUACGAAAGCCGGACUCGAUCCUCGAGGUCAUGUCACAGCUUUGGCAAAAGGAAGGGACGUGGGGCGUGUGGAAAGCAUCAAACAUAACCUUUGUCUAUGCGGCGCUGCAGUCGCUGCUGGAGAACUGGUCCCGGAGUUUGCUGAGUGCCCUGUUCAACGUCCCGGAUCUUGGCGUUAGGGACGAUGUUGAAAGGCUGAUUGACAUCGCAUCGCCGUACCCGUGGGCCUCCUUCCUCGUUGCUGCGGGUGCAGCUGUUGCUACCGGGCUGAUCCUAGCGCCGGUGGACUUGGUUAGGACUAGGUUAAUCCUCACCUCAGUUUCGCGCCAGCCGCGCCGCUCCAUUUCCAUGCUUCGCAGCCUCCCUUCAUACAUCUGCCCCUCGCCCCUAAUAAUUCCCACCAUCCUCCACUCCCUCGUUCACCCCGUGCUUACUCUAUCAACACCAUUGAUGCUCCGCACGCGUUUCGGCAUCGACCGUGAGGUGUCACCCACGUCGUUCAGCCUAAGCAAGUUCUGCGCAUCAACAGUCGCUCUUUUCGUCAAACUCCCCCUCGAGACGGUGCUGAGAAGGGGCCAGGCAUCAGUCCUCAGCAGCCCAGAGUAUAUCCAGGCCAUCGAGCCCACAAAGGCAAAGGGUAUCAUCGGCACGUCUUCGGCAGGACUUGAGAGCAUAAUCCCAUGCGGCAAGUACGAUGGCGUGCUGGGGACUAUGAGGCACAUCGUGUACCACGAGGGCACCCGACCCGUCCCGAUGGCAGCGCCGCCCCCCAAAUCCAAGGCGUCCUCUAAGAAGGGCAAGACGCCCAAAUUGGUGGAGACGACGUUUGUCAAGGGUCAAGGGAUGGAGGGACUCUGGAGGGGCUGGAAGGUCAGCUGGUGGGGUCUCGUAGGGCUCUGGACGGCUGGCGUAGUGGGCGGCGGUGGCGAUGGCGAGUUCUGAUAUGUGUGUUACUAUUCUCCACUCUUCUGUUUGAUACCAGUGUUUUUCCUUGUUUACUCGGGACGGGUGGCAUCAUGAGCGGGCUGCGCUACCUUUCUCUCUAUGACGGUAUGAUAUUCCCCCCUUUCAAGCUCGUAUGAGUGUGUGUAUUGGAGCCAAGCUCUUUUGUUAUAAUAGAUUGUAACAUUUAUGUGCCUAGUAUUUGGCUUGGCAUACUCGAUUUGCUUUCAUCUCGUCGCUGAGACGACGACAGAUUUGUAAUAUCACUUGAGCGUUGUGCUGUGUUUUUUUGUCGUGCGAGGUUGCACGGGGGUGAAUGAUAAGCUCAGCCACGACAAACAAGGCUAGUUUGAGCCCUGGUAUAUUGUUAAAGCAAAGCAUACCUAUGGACGCCAAAGCCUCAGUGAGUCAGAUUCGGCCAGUGUCUCAAAAGAAUAACAACCAGAAGCAGCGCUGAUCAGGUGCAAACUGGUUUUCUUUUUUUUUUCUUUUUGAAUGAAGCCUCAAGAGUUGCCGAUGUGCGGGUGACGAUUAUGAGCAUAUGCGGGUUGAAUUGUGCCGAGGUUCGAUGUUACUCGAAAAGCAAACGAACUCGCUCCGCCAAUCGCUUAUAACCACCUCGUAUCUAUGUAGGUAUCCAUUGGAUUUCUACUGCCGUGUUGCGCAAAUCGAUUUUCAAACCUUCAACAGUCAAAUUGGAAGCAGAUCAAAGCUGGACGACUGCUUUUUACUGCCGGACAGGG